UUCCGAAACCCGUCACUUAACCAACCAAACCAAAGAAAACCGCUGACUAAAAAAAAAAAAAAAAAAAAUCUCACAAAAAAUUCAUUUCCAUUUUUCCAAAUCAGUUUGUUCUCUAUCUCUAACCGUUCUAUUUUAUUUGUAAAGAAGAUAUGGCCAAAGGUGGGAAACUAACCAAGCUGAAGUCAGUUCUGAAGAAAUGGAACUCAUUCAGCAAACAAAACCGUGCGAGCAUCAACUCCAUCGCUGCCGACGAUGAUUCUUCCACCGUCUCCAGAGAUCUCCACCCAGUCUACGUAGGCAAGUCCCGGCGUCGCUACCUCGUCGGCUCCGACGUCAUUGACCACCCGCUUUUCCGGGAACUCGUGGAGAGGUCCGGCGAUUCCAGCGACGACACCAUCAACGUGGCAUGCGAAGUGGUUUUGUUCGAGCACUUGCUUUGGAUGCUUGAGAAUGCUGAUCCUCAACCAGAAUCUUUGGAUGAGCUCGUCGACUUCUAUGCUUGCUGAGGAAUGAAGAAUUUAUGAAGAUAUGGUAUAUAUAUAUAUAUAUAUAUAUGUAUUUUGCAUAUGCAUGGUAACUCCGUGAGUAGAAAUAACGUCAACGGGGAUGAUUGUUUGUUUCCAGUCAUCCUCACGGUAUAGAGUUUGUACAUUCAUUAAUGAAUAAUAAUCGUAAGUAGGAUUAAAUCAAUUGAAAUUAAGUCUGAAAAAAAAAAAAAGAAGAAAAGAGAGAGAGAGAAGGGGGCAUUUUCUGAUGAGGGCAGCAGAGUGAUUGGGAAGGUGAGGAUUUAACCCCAUUUCUGUAUAAUGGCCAGCUAUGUCGACGAUGACCUCUAAUUCCUUGUCGAAAUUUCUCAAACUUAAUCCAUCGAUCGGCAGUACUACUGUCGAAUAAUAUUUGUAUUAUUGUUCUUCAUUUGUUUAUCAUUCUUAAUAUAACAUUUUCUUUCCCACUUUUUUCUAA